AAGCAGGAAACCACGUGUUCAGCUCCUGGAGAAGAAACAGAACUUAGCAGCAGAGAGUUGUGGGUGUCUGUACGUGGUAGAAAAGCCAUACAUUUGUCUGCUUUGUGUUAUUACACGCGGGGACAUUUUCUUCAAACAUGUCUUCAUUCAGGAAAGCGCUAAAGUCCCGACAGAGGAACCACCAUGAGAGAUCUCAGCCUGGUUUCAGGAAGAACUUGGGAUUGCUGGAGAAAAAAAAAGACUACAAACUCCGUGCAGAUGACUACCACAAGAAGCAAAACACCCUCGCAGCCCUGCGAAAGAAAGCUUUGGAGAAGAACCCGGAUGAGUUUUACUUCAACAUGAUCAACUCUCAAGUGCAGGACGGAGUUCAUGUCAUGAAAAAGCCCCAGGAGGAGGUGGAGGUGACGGAGGAACAGAAGAAAAUCAUGAGGACGCAGGAUGUUAGAUAUGUGGAGAUGAAAAGGGUUGCAGAGGCAAAGAAAAUUGAGAGGCUGAAAGGAGAGCUCCAUCUUCUCGAUGCAGAGAAAAAACAAAAAAACAAGCACGUGUUUUUUGUGGAUUCCAAAAAAGAAGUGGAGUCAUUUAACCUGGCAGAACAUCUGGACACAGCCCCAGAGCUGGUGGACAGAGUGUACAACAGACCAACCCUGAAAACCCUGGAGACUAAAAGCAUCCAAGGAGCUGUACAAACUCGCAACAUUAAGAAACUGGCCAAGCAAAGGAUGCACCAGUAUAAGAUCCUUUCCCAGAGGAUUGACAGGGAAAAGAAAAUGUUCGUCAUCAGCCAGAAAAUUCAGACCCGCAAAGACCUACAGGACAAGACCAAGAAAGUAAGGGUAAAAAGGGAGACACCCAAUGCUGCCGCCAUCUACAAGUUUGAGGCCAAGAGGAAACGCUAAGAAGGAAGUACUCAACAGACAGAUAUAAAAAUUAAAAUACUUGGACUUCUUCCUCAUGGAACAGCGUGUUUAUCACAACAGAGAUGUAGGAUAAUACUUUGGUGUUCUUUGUUUUUGCUGCAGCCAUGCAAUUUUGUACAUAUUUAAGACAUUUAGUUUCUUUCAAAUAAAUAUCAGAAGAAAAAAAAA